UGAGGUCAGUUUAUCCCGCACCUGCGUCACCGCACUCAAAAAGCCAGGCGGUGAUCCAUCUGACUCCGGGUCAGCGGGACGUCGUGUUCUCCCGACAAGUUCCGCCAUUUCCCCCCACUUGAGGCCUUUUCUGUCCUUCCUUCCCACCAUUGCGCUACAUCGGCGACGGCGGCACCGGGAGGCGGAGCGGCGCGAGGCGAGCUCACAGACAGCGGGCAGGCAGGCGGGGAUCCGGUGUGCCACAGCGGCAUGAGAGCGAGACCCGCGGCGGAGGAGUGCAAACACUGCAACCUGUAUGUGCGACGGCCAGCUAUGCGGCGCCACGACACAUUGUGAACGUGUGUUGUUGAUUGUCGCCACAUUCCGCCCCCUUAUUAUAAUAGCCGACUAGCUUAGCUCUGAUUUCAUACCGACCAACGCCGUGGGAGAGGCAAGGAGGAGUCCGGCCAGGUUUCGCUAGGAGGUGGACGUUUUAUUCUCCCUCCGCUAGGGCUCGCUGACGACGAUAAACGCCAGCAAGUGCUCUUUCCCCCCAUCCCCAGAUUUCUUUUUGUGUGUUGUACCGAGUGAGCGAAGAUGUCCGGGCAGAGCAUUACGGAUCGGAUAACGGCAGCCCAGCACAGCGUAACGGGAUGCGCCGUGUCCAAAACAGUAUGCAAGGCCACCACUCACGAAGUAAUGGGCCCGAAGAAGAAACAUUUAGACUAUUUGAUCCACUGCACCAAUGAGAUGAACGUGAACAUUCCCCAACUGGCCGACUCGUUGUUUGAACGGACCACCAACACAAGCUGGGUGGUCGUGUUCAAGUCUCUGAUCACCACACACCACCUUAUGGUCUAUGGUAACGAGCGUUUUGUGCAGUACCUUGCUUCGAGGAACACAUUAUUCAACCUCAGUAAUUUCUUGGACAAAAGUGGCCUGCAAGGUUAUGACAUGUCCACGUUCAUCCGGAGGUACAGUCGAUACCUGAACGAGAAGGCCGUUUCGUACAGACAGGUUGCCUUUGACUUCACCAAAGUUAAGCGAGGAGUGGACGGCAUCAUGCGGACCAUGAAUACAGAGAAGCUGCUGAAGACCAUCCCCAUUAUUCAGAACCAGAUGGACGCCCUCCUUGAUUUCAAUGUCAAUGCCAACGAGUUGACUAAUGGGGUCAUCAAUGCAGCCUUCAUGCUCCUUUUCAAAGACUCCAUCAGACUCUUUGCCGCCUAUAAUGAAGGAAUCAUCAACCUGCUUGAGAAAUACUUUGACAUGAAGAAAACCCAGUGCAAAGAAGGGCUGGAUAUCUACAAGAAGUUCCUCACCCGAAUGACCCGGAUAUCAGAGUUCCUCAAAGUAGCUGAGCAAGUGGGCAUUGACCGAGGAGACAUUCCAGACCUUUCCCAGUUCACAGUCUGUGCUCCCAGCAGCCUCCUGGAAGCUCUAGAGCAGCACUUGGCCUCUUUAGAGGGCAAAAAGGUGAAAGACUCCACAGCAGCCAGCAGGGCAAGCACUUUGUCCAAUGCCGUGUCGUCGCUGGCGAGCACGGGAAUGUCUUUCACGAAAGUGGAUGAGCGGGAAAAGCAAGCGGCACUGGAAGAAGAACAGGCCCGACUCAAAGCACUGAAGGAACAAAGACUCAAGGAGCUCUCCAAGAGGCCCUCCUUUGCCACCACUGAUACGUCGCCCAUUUCCACCGCAGGGGGAACUAUUAACACGGCUCCGGCCAUCGACCUAUUCUCCACACCGAGCUGUUCUAACGGUGCAGUGAAAAUGGAGAGCGACCUAUUUGACCUUCAGUCCACGUUCCAGCCACCCAUGCAGUCCGCCUCGUCAGGGCUCCCCGUGGCGACGGCGUGGGCAGUUUCUCUCCACUUGUUUUUGGUCUGUUUCAUUUUCUCCUCUCUUUCUCUCUUUGGCUCUUCCGCUGUUUCUCUUUGCCUGCCUUUAGAUCCUUUCACCUCUACUGAAGCUGGAGAUGACUCCAUGCCAAACCUUAACCCUUUCCUGUCAAAACUCGUUGUCGAUGCCUCUCACUUACCUGCCGUGUCUUCAGACGGUGUUAGCUUUUCCACUAGGACAUCUGCUCAUGAAAUGUUUGGUGAUCGUUACACUCCCUUUAUUGACACAAACUCGUCAGUUUCAGCCAAUAAUAAAUGCACAGUCCGGCUAGAACACUCUAUCUCAGACUCCUUCUGUGGCCCAGUGUCCAUUGCCCAGCACCUCCCACACCAGGCUCCCUUCCCCACAGAGCCCUCUACUGUAGCAGGUCUAUUCAGAGGAUACUCAGCGCCUCAGCCCCCUCCCCAGCCACCUGCAGGAGGUCUCCAAGUGGACUUUGAGUCUGUGUUUGGAGCCAAAGCUGCUGGCAGCAACAGCCUCAACGCUGAAGAUAUUGCCGGGGGUAUCCUGAAACCCACUCUUGCUGCUUCCAACCUACCGUCCAAUCAGCAGCCAGAGAAGCUGGUGUCGGACGACCUUGAGUCCUCCCUUGCCAACCUUGUUGGGAACCUUGGCAUUGGAAAUGGGACCAUGAAAAAUGACAUCCACUGGAGUCAGCCCGGCGAGAAGAGGAUGACAGGCGGCACAAACUGGCAACCUAAAGCUGCUCCGACGACGACUUGGAACCCCGUCUCCAUGCCACCAUCCACCAUGGCCUUCCCUGCCACCACACCCACAGGCAUGAUGGGCUAUGGCAUGGUGAGUAAUCCUCCACACAUGAGUUCCAUGGGCAUGAUGAAUCCUCCCACCUUGAUGUACAGUCAACCCGUGAUGAGGCCGCCCAACCCUUUUGGCUCGGUUUCCAGCACACAGCCCUCGGCAGCCUCUAGUCCUUCCAGCCAGAGUCCUCUCCGAGCCCCUGGACAGGACCCGUUUGCACAUCUAUCGCUCAAGGAUUUCUUGUAGAGCGUCUCUUUAGACGCCGUUCAUGUAACUUUGAAGAGGUCAUCUCUCUUGGAAAGGUGAAGCACUUAGCAGCAAAAAGCCUUGUCCUCGUCAAGGUCUCCGGAGAGACAUUCACGUACCCCCACCCUGCCCUUGCCCUCUUAGACCCCCACCACUCACUCACACAUGCACCCUCACAAAAUAUCAAUUGUCUUUGAGAGUUGCGGCGGCUUCCAGGCGGCUUCCAGGCGGCUUCCAGUAACCUUGGUAACAGAGGGUUCCCUCUCCGUUUUACAGUGUCAUCUGUAAAAGUAGUUCUGGCUGCUGAAAAACUUUGAUGUUCUGUAUUUGGGUAAAAAGGAAAAAAAAAACUGAAAACUACGGUUGGGUUUUGAGUGAGCGGAGAGGUGCGUUCGUUGUAGGGCGAUGGCGACCCCCCCCCCCCCCCCAAAUGCCACAAAAUCACCCGUCACGGUGUAGUGAUGCUAACGACGUUUACGCCCGUUUAGUUUGUCUUUUUUACCGUGUUUACAGUAGACAUUCCCUGUGUGUCGUUUGUAUUUAUUUAUGAUUGUCAGUCGAAGGAGCUCGAGUGGGGGUUUCUUGUAAAAUCAACAGCGCAUAAUAAUGGGGCAUCGAACAUGCGUGGGAGUGCUUGAGCUAUCAUCAAGUGGUAGAGUGACAAAUUAGCUAUUGUAUAAAUGACACCUAUUAAGCUGAAUGAUAGAGCACUAAAUAUUGACUUUUUUUUUAACUAUUGUUAGAUGAAAAUUUAAAAACUUAUUAUAAAUUCACAGCUGCCACUGUGCUGAGAGUGCAGAUGUUUCCACUAAAGCUCGGGUGGGAAACCAAUGCGGUCCACCAAGCAAUCAUAAAAAAUGCGAAUAAUAUAUGGUUACAACAAACAAAUGAAAACCCUAACCACCCCCCCGCCCCCAAAGUUUGUCAUAUUUUUUGUCCACUUAGUAUAGCCCUUGGAGGACUUGAUAGGAAAUGGUUGACCCACCCCGGAGCUAAACAAUACAUAGUGCAUUCUGUGCCUAUAUCGGGGUCUUUCUUUUGUUGUUGUUGUUGUCUGUAACUUGAGUAACACUUCACACACAAUCCCAGCGGCAGUGGCGGCGGACUCGAUUUUGCUUUAAUAGCUUGGCACACCAUCGACUCGGUGAGCGCGCUCGAGGCUGCCUUUACUCUCUGAAUGUGAAGAGUUGUCUUCAUGUUGCACACAUCUUUCUUUCCACACCGCACGCGCAGCCACUCACCCGCCGCCCCACUUGUCAAAACAUGCUUGAGUGGCAUGUUUGAUGUACAGGAAUUGUACAGGAGAUCAAGAUGACCGCUUGAUGGUGAGGGACGGUGGGCAGGUGAUGUCAGCGGAGGUGCAGGACGAGGGACGAGCGCUGUUGAUCGGCACUCACUGUAAAUAUAAUAAUUAAGACAAAAAAAGUGACUGUUCUUUGAUUUGCAAGAGUGAAAGAUGUAUGAAAUAUGAACAUGAUUCAAAUCCAAUUAGACUCUACCUAUCAAGUCUUGAUUCAGGAUGAUCCUCUCUGCAGAUCUCUUGUCUGUCAUUAGAACCUGUAGCAGGCGACCACUCAAAUCUUGUUUUUCUUUUUCAAAUAAAGAGCAGCUUACACAAAAAACA